AAAAAAUAUCGGCCAAGCCUAGCCUGCUGUCCCAAAUAUUUACGCCCCGAUUGUGCCGGGUUCCUUCAGAUAUAAGAAGAUGGAGUACUCGGCAGUCGAUAUCUCAGCGGCCACGAGUCUGCAACGAUUAGCGUACCUAUACGUGUCGAUGACGACGUUCUGGACCUAUGAUUAUGCAUGUGCACUUCACGAAGAAUGGGAAUUUCUGCGUCGGUCGCGCUGGACCAAAGUAAAAGCCCUUUAUAUCAUGACACGACAUCUCCCCUUUUUUCUGAUCAUCAUGUACCUAUGUCUGAACUUCGCCCCGAUCGAAGACCCCAAUAAAUGCCGGAUAUUGAUCAAUGUCUACUCAUCUCUCAGUCAGAUAUCAGCCAUUUGCUCUGAAUGUUUUUUCAUGAUUAGGACAUAUGCGCUCUGGAACAACAAUAAGAUCGUACUCGUAGGCCUGCUGUCCACUGCUUUUGCUAUGAUCGUGACAUCCGUCAGCAUUCGUUUUGCCACCAUUGCCACCUCACAUGUUACGACUAGCGCGAUCCCGGGCACUCCUAGCUGCCCCUCGAGUUCAAGCAGUGUUCUGUACUUCAUGUCGUUUAUUUUCUUAUUUGUGUUUCAACUGGUAUUGAUCACACUCACACUCACACGUGCCAUACAGAGCUGGCGAUCGACAAAGGGCCCUCUGCAAGCCAUCUUGGUGAAGCAUAACAUAUUCUACUAUGUAUGCGGUCUCUUUCUCUCGGCCGUCAACAUCCUCGUGCCAGCGCUACUUCCAAACUCCCCAUACUACACCACCCUCCAAAACUUUCAGGUAUCCAUCCUUGCGAUCCUUGCCACGCGCAUGCACCUCCAUCUCUGGCAUCUCGACCAACAUAUGCACAGCUCUGAUGCCCUUAUAUACAUUUCUAUGUCCGACAUGUCACCUGCAGACUGUACGGUGUAAUGUCUUAUCGCGUGGCUUAUCCGUCGUGGGAGGAGCGAGAUUUGGACUAGUAGAUGACCGGUCGGGGUGGAACGCACUUGACUUAUAAUAAUGCAUUUUUGUCACAUACACAAAUAUCAUAACACGAAAUAGUAGAGCUAAUACGUGAUCAGGG